AUGCACAUGUACUACUCCUCAGUGCUGCUCCUUCUGCUUCCUUUUGUGAUACUGGAGCUCUGUGCAGCCAAGCCUUGGUGGCCCUCAAACGAUGUCGGCUACGAUGCCAGUCUCGAUCCGGUGGCCUGGUCCCGCACCUUUGUCCAGGAAAAAGUACGCACAUCCCGCAGGAACAAGAACCGGCACCAGCAGUCCACCGACUGGUGGUACCACACACCCUCUGCUCCCGAGCCGACGGCAGCUCCUCUGAACUUUGUGAACAGAAAUAACUACAGAAGAUUCCUGAAGAGACGCCGCAAGCUGGUAGCACGUGAGCACUACCUACAGAGGCAUCCACACUCAUAUUCACAUUCAUAUCGACAUCGACAUUAG